GGGAAGGGGAGCCAGUGCAGGAGGUGACUGGGGCCGCGGCGGCGGCGGCGCUUGCGGUGCUCUCAGCACUGUCAGCCAAGGCUCCAGCCUGGACUGGAGCGGCGCAGCAGACAAUAACCAGGCUGGAAACGGGACCCGGCCGGGGGCUGGCACAGUGCAGCAGAAUGGUAUAGAACUGGGACUCAAGAGACCUGGAAGCUGGUGUGGCUCUAUCAUCAUCCGACUGUGUGACCUUAUUAGAUCCAACUGUAAUGUUUCCUGUUUCCUGACUGAUGAUGUUAUAACAGUGCCCAGAAGCCAAAAGGCUGCAUUUUUCACCUGAAUAUACCUGAGUUGUCCCCAUCAUCAUGGAGACCCGAAAGGAUAAAGCUGCUCAGGCCAAGGGAGCAGCAGUCUCUGUGGACACUCAGGACCAAGGGGCAGAGAAAGGAGCCAAGAACAAGGCAGCUGAGGCGACAGAAGGGCUAGCAUCAGAGACACCCUCAUCUGGCCCAGGUAGGCUGAAAAAAACUGCUCUGAAGCUCUUUGGUGGCAAGAAAGGCAUUUGUACCCUGCCUAGUUUAUUUGGAGGGGGACGAAGCAAAAGUUCUGGGAAAGGCAGCUCUAAGAAGGGUAUUAGCAAGAGCAAGACCUACGAUGGCCUGAGUGAAGCAGUUGAUGGCCCUGAGGACAUUGUCAGUGAAGGAACUGGCAUCCCCUUACCUUUGCCUGAGUCAUCCUGCCGACUUCCUAGCUCCCAGAGUGCCCACGGGGCUUUGGAGACAGGCUCUAGACACAAGAUGUCUGUGACUGGAGCCACAGAGAAAGCUGGGGCUGAGAAGGCUCCCUUUGUGCCCAAGCCAAAAAAAGGCCUGAAAGGUUUUUUCAGCAGUAUCCGCCGUCACCGGAAGAGCAAGGUCUCUAUAGCUGAGCAAAGUGAUCCGGCGGCCAAAGAGCCUGAGGAGGCCAGAGCCAGGCCUCAUGAGCAUGUGGACUCAGCCCUUCUGCCCCACACUGAGGAGACCCUCCAAGCCCUAAGAAAGGAAAAUGCCAAGCCCCAAGAUGCCCCUGGACCAAAAGUUUCUUCAGUAUCAGAGCCUUCUACACUAGCCCCUGAGAAGACAGCCUGUAAAGAUCCAGAAAAUACUAUAGAAGCCUGUGCCUCAGCACUCCUGCAGCCCAAAUCUGCCCCUGAAGCCAGUGGCCCAGAGGAGCCCCAUAGCCCAGAAACAGGGGAGAAAGUGGAGACAGGAGAGGUAAAUCCACCAAAUGCCCCUGUGGGUGACCAGCUGAGCCUCCUCUUUGGGGAUGUCACAUCCUUGAAAAGUUUUGACUCACUGACAGGUUGUGGUGAUAUCAUAGCAGAGCAGGACAUGGAUAGUAUGACAGACAGCAUGGCCUCUGGAGGCCAGAGGGCCAACCGAGAUGGGACCAAGCGAAGUUCCUGCCUGGUGACCUACCAAGGAGGGGGCGAGGAGAUGGCCUUGCCUGAUGAUGAUGAUGAGGAAGAAGAGGAGGAAGAGGAGGUGGAAUUAGAGGAGGAAGAAGAGGAAGUCAAGGAAGAAGAUGAUGACUUAGAAUAUUUGUGGGCCAGUACCCAGAUGUACCCAAGGUCCAAUAUGAAUCCAAGCUACCAUCCCACCACAUCCCCAGGCCACCACAGCUAUAUGCUUCUUGACCCAGUUAGGUCUUAUCCUGGCCUAGCCCCUGGGGACCUUUUGACUCCUCAGAGUGACCAGCAAGAGUCUGCCCCCAAUAGUGAUGAGGGUUAUUAUGACUCCACCACGCCUGGACUUGAGGAUGAUUCAGGUGAGGCCCUGGGGCUUAUACACAGGGAUUGCUUGCCCCGGGACAGCUAUAGUGGAGAUGCCCUGUAUGAGUUCUUUGAGCCAGAUGAUAGUCUUGAGAACUCCCCACCUGGAGAUGACUGCCUUUAUGACCUCCAUGGUCACAACUCUGAGAUAUUUGACCCAUUCUUGAACUUUGAGCACUUUUCUUCCUCUCGGCCACCUGGGGCAAUGGAGACUGAGGAAGAAAGGCUAGUGACCAUCCAGAAACAGUUGCUGUAUUGGGAGCUUCGGCGGGAGCAGCUUGAGGCCCGAGAAGCCCAGGAGGCACGUACUUGGGAGGCUCAUACCAGAGAAGCCCGUACCCAAGAAACUCACGCCAGGGAGGCCAAUGCUCGAGAGGCCAACACCCGGGAAGCCCACGUCAGAGAGGCCCGAACUCGAGAGGCUUAUGCCAGGGAGGCUCAGGCCCAAGAGGUUCGUGCUCAAGAGGCUCAAAUCCGAGGGGUACAGGCCCGGCAGGAAAAGCCCAUCAUGGAGUAUCAGAUGAGGCCUUUAGGCCCAUCAGUGAUGGGCCUGGUGGAAGGGGCAUCAGGAGCCUCUCAGACUUCCCACAGAGGAACCACCUCAGCUUUUCCUGCUACUGCAAGCAGCGAACCAGACUGGAGGGACUUCCGUCCUUUGGAGAAGCGUUUUGAGGGAACCUGCUCCAAGAAAGAUCAAAGCACCUGCCUAAUGCAGCUCUUCCAGAGUGAUGCAAUGUUUGAGCCAGACAUGCAAGAAGCAAAUUUUGGAGGAUCCCCCAGGAGGGCCUACCCUACUUAUUCACCCCCUGAGGAGCCAGAGGAGGAGGAACUUGAAAAUGAAGGGAAUGCCACUGUGAGUUUUUCUCAGGCCCUUGUGGAGUUCACCAGCAAUGGUAACUUAUUCUCUAGCAUGUCCUGCAGCUCUGAUUCCGACUCAUCCUUCACUCAAAACCUCCCUGAGCUGCCCCCCAUGGUGACCUUUGACAUCGCUGAUGUGGAACGGGAUGGGGAAGGCAAGUGUGAAGAAAAUCCUGAGUUCCACAAUGAUGAAGACCUUGCAGCCUCCUUGGAAGCUUUUGAGCUAGGCUACUACCAGAAACAUGCCUUCAACAACUACCGCAGCCGAUUCUACCAGGGCCUACCCUGGGGUGUGAGCAGUCUCCCUCGAUAUUUGGGACUGCCUGGCAUGCACCCUCGACCUCCACCUGCUGCCAUGGCCCUCAACAGGCGGAGCCGCUCCCUUGACACUGCAGAGACCCUGGAGCUGGAGCUCUCCAGUUCUCACCUGGCCCAGGGCUAUAUGGAGUCUGAUGAGCUUCCUGCUCAGCAAGAAGACUCAGAUGAAGAAGAGGAGGAGGAGGAAUGGGGCCGAGACAGUCCCCUGUCCCUCUAUACUGAACCUCCAGGGACCUACGACUGGCCUGCCUGGGCUCCCUGUCCUCUCCCAGUGGGGCCAGGCCCUGCCUGGAUAAGUCCCAGCCAGUUGGAUGGGCCUUCCAGCCAGUCACCAUAUGGGCAGACAGCCUGUUGCAUAUCUCCCAUUGCCGUGUCAAUGUUGCUGUCGGUAUCAGGGCCAGAGUCAAGGGCACCUGGAGAAUCCAGGCCUCAGCUAGCUCGACCUUCACACCUACCCCUGCCCAUGGGCCCUUGUUAUAACCUUCAGCCAAAGGCCUCCCAGGGUGUGAGGGCCAGGCCUAGAGAUGUGCCACUGCCUGUUGACGAGCCCAGUUGCUCCUCCAGUCCUGGAGGCUUCAGCCCCAGCCCUCUGCCCCAGGCCAAGCCUGUGGGCAUUACCCAUGGCAUUCCUCAGCUGCCCAGGUUCCGGCCUGAGCCCCCAGAGUCUCAUCCCAUUCACUAUGGGGCUUCUAGCGUUGAUCUGUCAAAGGAGAGGGCCGAGCAAGGUGCCUCUCUCCCUACCAGCUAUUCCUCCACUGUCAUGAAUGGGAACCUAGCUGAGUAGCCAUCAUCAGUUCUGGAAUUGGGGGCAUGGGGCCUGAGCAUGUGAAUGGGGAUCAGGGUUGGGCAGAGGGGUGGGGGGUGGGGGUUGCUGUUUAACUUGAAAAUCCUUUUGGCCAAGGAAAGCUCCUAUGAGCUUUCAUCUUUGUUUUCCCACUUCCCAUGUCUGACAUCUGUGGCCACAUUCAGCUCUAGUACAUCUGCCCUGGGAGACUGCUGCUGCUGUGCUCCAGUUUUUGCUUUCAGGGUUUUUUCUUGUGACCCACGUAGGGUUUGGGAUGCUGUAAUUUUGUGCCUAUUCCAGUUGCUGAGUUAGUGAUUAUAUAUAUAGCAUGCAUCCUUGACACAGACUGAACCCUUAGCACCCCCUGCCACUUCUCUACCCAGUGAAUGAUGAACCACUGAUGAGCAGCCAGGUCUGCACUGCCUCCCACUUGGGGACAGGGAACUUGUUUGCUGUUAGCAAUGUGAAAUUAUGGUACAGAUCCUCCCUGCCCCCACUUCCUUUGGUCUUGGCAUAGGUGCCACCAUUACAUCAGAUGAGAUAAUCUAUGAGCCCCAGCUAGCUGCCUUUAGAGAGGAUCAAGUAGCGUAUGUCUCACUGCUUAUUGCUGAGGACUUUGGCAUCAUAACUAGAUCAGGGUCUUUUAACCUGGCCUGCCAAAGCUUGGGUUGAAGACAAAAAUGCUAAUUCCCUUAAUGGAGUGAUCAAAUUCAUCCUGUUGCAAACAGAAGACAAAAUAGAGUUGUAUUGUAGACAAUGCCAUAAGUCUUGAGCUCCAGAAUGAUAGGGUUUUUUCCUUCUUCGUUUCUUAAGCUUGUGACUGCUUGAAUUGCAGAUGCUUUUGAAUUUUGGUUCUUUCUUCCUCCAAAGGAAAAUUUUUAUAGUCUCAUCACAAGGAAAAUAUUCUUUUAAUUGAGAUACAAGAAGAGAAGCAGCCUAAUUAGGCUUGUCUAUAGAGGCUGGGGUUUUUUGCAGGUUACAGGGGAAGGAUAGGAAAAGGAGGUUCAUUUGUCCCAGGCAUCAGGAGAGAGGAUUUCAAACAUUGUAGACCCCGAGGCAACCCAGCUUCUUAAAAGGGAAAAUUGCUUUUCCCCAUCCCCAAAGACAUGAAGUUCCUUAAGCAUUGCCCACCCCUUCAUUGGAUGCUGUAAAGAGACCUCAUGCUAGCACUCCCAAGACACAGUUCACCAAAGACAUCUAGGCUGCUGUUCCAGGCUCUCUAAAGAGCUUUCAUUUUCCAAUUAGCCAAGUUCUUAGCAUCAUCAAAGGACUGGGCUUCUUGAGAGGAAAGACUGUGACCUGCCCUCACUCUGCCAAGCUGAAGGAUUCUGAUUUGCAUGGUAGUUGCACUCCUUUAUAGAAUGAAUGGCACCCUCCCUUCUCCUGCAUCCACACAGUUCUCAUGCUGAACUAGCUUGGAAAUACCGGUAGGGAAGAGUUGCUGUCAGGAAGACAUUGCAACAGGCUAAUCUAACCAGGCUCUACCUCUCAUUAAUCACCAAUAUGAGAUGGUUCCUUUUAAAUGUCUUUAUUGGAAAUAGUAUAUGGAACAUUUUUUGCCUGGAUAUUGACUCAGAUUAUGAUCCUUGCUCAUCCCUGUCUCCAUCUCCCACCCAUUUCUAUGCCUCUUAAAAGAAGAGGUAAACAGGGCUCUUGGCAUCCCCAAGGUCUGGCAACUUAGUUUAGGAACAAAUGCUGUUGGCCCCUCAAGUUAAGGUGCCUUGUGGGCAAAAUGUCACUUGACCAAGCGAUGUGUCUGCUGGUCUUUGUCACUGUUUCUUAGAUUGAGGUUGGCCCAGUGCCCCUCCCCACAAAAAGCAAACUUAGUUGGUAGAAGCUACACUCCUGGAAGCACCACAUGAAUUUUCAUGGCACCAACACCAACACUCAAGGGACCCAGACCAGCUCUUCAGGCUGACUUUUAUCUGCAUUGUGAAGAAAUGCAUCAGUCAUGGAGCUGGAGAAUCAAAGAGGGUGAGGAAGGCCCUCCUCACCUGAAGCACAGCAUUCCAGGAGAGAAGUGUCCAAAUUCUGGCCUUUCACCAAAGCUGCCCUGGGGGGUGGGGCUGAAAUUGGCCUGGCUGUUUGGCAGGAAGUAAACACUCACCAAAUGCCUUUACAACAGGGGAAAACCCACCACUUGCCUCUUGCCUCUUCUGCCUCUGCUUGUCCUUCAGGGCAGUUCAAGCUCCUGUUUGUAUGUGGACUGUACCAGCCACAGGAGGUAGUAGAGCCAGCACCAAACUCCAGAGCCUGCUGGGCCACCAGCCUAUUUGAGAAGAGAAAACAUAGGUGGUCAGCCUUUGGCCAAGGGCUGAGAGCUGCCCUCCAGAACAAGAGGGCAGCAAGAGGAGAGCAGUCAUACCCCUGACACACUUUGCUGGGCUUUGGAAGGUCAAGUAUCACAGAGUAAGGCCUGGGACUGAGUGACAACUCCUGGUUUGGACACUUCUGCCUGCAAGUCCUUUCACUGUCCUGGCCAGCCAGGGAUGGGAUACUCACCACAAGUGAGGCAGUCAGGGUACCUCGCUGUAGAAACAGUCUCCUUUAAGUCUCACUCCAGAUCCAAGCAGUUGAUGGCUGAGUCUCAGCUUCAGCCUAGAAGACGAAGGAAGACCAGCUGGGGACACAUGAUGGCAGCACAGAGUGACACCGGAGAGCCAGCCAAACUCCAGGCCUUUCCCCAAACAUAUGCCAGUGCUUGCCUGGCUAACACCAAAUAUGUCCAGGACUACUAAGGGUGUAGAUGUCAAGUCCACAGAUGAACACCCUAUCUGCAUUGCAAGGUCAUGGGAUAAUGCUUUUGGAUGUGACUUCAAGGGACGAUAUGACUUGCGAGAAGGUAGCUGCUCUUAUCUUGCUGACCAGCAGGUUUAUAUAGUGUCAGAUAGGUCUGAUCCCGAGAAUUCCCAGAUGAGACUGGUCCUUGGGGGAUCAAUGACUGGAUAGAGAAGGCCACCUAGAAGGCCUCUCCGAGGGCUAUCAGUUUCUCAGUGCUUUAGCACCUUCAAGGAAGCCCUGCCUUGGGGCUCAGUUAGGGCUUGUCGAGACCACCUUGGCUCAGCUUGGGCACCGGUCCAUAAGCCUCCUUAGGCCAAAGGCUUCAGUCAACACCAGGCUUUCUCCUUAACUACUGUACCAGGGAGGGAAGUAGCUUCCCACACCCAGGGUGCAUUCCCCUCAUCAUGCUGCCAACAACUUACCCACCCUUGCCACUGCUACCACCCCACCUGCCCUCGGCCUCUGGGCCCAAUUGCUGGAGGGAGGCAUGGGGGUUCAGCAGGGAGACUUCAAGUUUACCCAUGUGUAUGUUACAUCCAAGUUGUUUUUAAUAUAUAUAUAUAUAUAUAUAUAUAUCAAAAGUCAAUUAUCUAUUUUUGUAUUGUUUGCAUUUUAUAUUCAUGGAAAACAAUGUUUAUCAAUUGUUCUUUUCUGAUAUAUUUUAUUUUUAAGCGGUGCUGUUUACAGUUUUAAACAAAACGAAGAUGACACAAAAAUUGCUGCUGCUUGUGCAGAGGGCUGGCGUCUCAACUGCCCAGGGCCCUCGCUCUUUCCCCCUCCCCAUCCCUGAUGUAUCACACUGUCCAUUUCCCUCCCUCCAUGAUAGGGAUAGCAGAAGGUGCCCAAGUACUAAGACAAAUGCCAGGUGACUCAGGCAUGUGGAACCUGGCAAACAGUGUGUCGUUUUGUGGUUUUAUUUUUUCUUUUGGACUUUGCCCUUUCCCAUGUGUAGACCUUCUGGAAAUACUCAUAUGUCUGUCUCUGUCUCUUUCUCUUUGUUUCUUUCUCUCUCUCUCUCCUCUUUAUGUUUUGUGCUCUAGUUUUGAAACCAGAGUGUCCAUAUUUUGCUAUUUGUCAUGAUGAGUUUCUCCAAAGGAGCAUUUUGGGGACAUUCUCUAACCAGUGGGGAGUGUGGGGGUUUCGACCAUUCCCCCUCUCCCCAAGAAGCUGGAGAAAACAGAUGGAAGUGAUGCUUGAACCAUCAGGAAAUGGCCAUCUCAUUGAAGAAACCCUUGCGUGGGACUUUCCAGGAGCUCAAUUGAUUGUGACAUUCACCCAGAAGACACAUUGGGGAAUUCCUUGACCCCUCUUGCUGCUUUGGGGGAAUGUCUUCCCCUACCAUCAUACCCACUUCCCUGCCCUGCUCCAGCUCACACAUGGAUGGAACUUUGGGGGACAGUGACUAUUAGGGUGAUGGCUUGAUGGCCUGAUCCCCACUUUUCCAUCCUAUAGGCACUCCAAAGAAGAAAAUCCACAUAGCAUGUAUAUGUGUGAGGGUUGGGCCUACUGAGAGGCGGGGCUUUAAUUAUUAUUCCUGUUACUAUUGGUGCUUAUUUUCCCUGAUGUAUAUGGGGUGGGUGGGGGGAAGAAACCAGGAAUGUAUAUUUAGGUCAUGUUAAAUAAAAUGGCUGGGGGACAGAAAGAAGAAAUUGGAAGCUGCAGUACAUCUGCACCCCAGGUGUAAGAGUACUUUCUCUCCCAUUGCAGAAGGGGAAGCAUGGCCCCUGGAUGUGCCCUAUCUUCCCCUUACCUAUCCUUGAGACAUCAUGGAAUUGCCUGGAUUGUGACCUGCCCAAUCUUAGUUCUCACUGACAUCUGGAUAUCUUGAUGCACUGCCUGUUUGUAACAACAAAUAUUUCUUUUGCUGAAUGCUAAUAAACUGGGUUCAAGAGGGACCCCCCCUCAGUCACUAAA